GCAGAAUGGCUGCAGUCACAGAGCUCUCCUUCCUGCUGUUUGCUCUCAUCAACUACAUCCAUGCUCAAGAACGGAUCAUCAUCCGAGAGAAAGGAGACUCUUACACCUUCAACCUCCCCGAGAACACCAACUCCUGCCUGAUCUCCAGAUGUGUUGGUGAGGAGCAGCUUGUCCUGUGGAACACCUCUGACCUCUGGUCCAACAGCUCCUCAGUACCUCAACACCUGAAACAACGACUUGUCAGCUCGGUGAAAACUUCUUCUUACACCAUCCUCAACCUGACCCAUUCAGACUCCGGCCGGUACCGAGAGGAGUGUUGGACUGAGGGCAACGUGACGCAUGACAACAACUUCACUAUUACUGUUUGUACUUCAAUAGAUAUGACAUUUAUCAAAGCGAGACUUGGAGAACCAGUGGACGUGCCAUGUGAGGGAGCAGCUGAUAAUCUGGAUAUCCAGUGGCUCAAACGGGACUUUAGAUAUGAGCCAGGAACAUACAGCAGAGUUUUUGGGGACAAGACGACAUCAGUGAUGGACAAUGUUAGAGGAAGAUACCAAGUGGUGACAAACACAUCAGCUCUUCGUGUUUUGAACGUCACAGCAACAGACGCUACAUGGUACACCUGUCUGGUGAUGAACCAACAGCAGUGUGUUAGCAGUCACAUUGUAAAUUUGGACCUACCUGAUAACAGGUUGGAGGUUAACAGGCUUGAGACAAUCUUCCACUCAGUGGGAGAGACCGCUGUGCUGCCGUGCACCAUCGCUGACUCCACUGAUGAACAGCCCCCACGUUGGUCUAAACUGUUCUCUGACCAAGAACUACACAACCAGACUGUUCCUUCAGUAGACCAAAACUACUCGCUGGUGUUUUCAUCUCUAAUGUUAAAUCGCUCAGAGCAUAUGAGCGGAGUGGAGCGGUGAGAAUCUCCGCUCAUCGCUCACGGACCUGUUCACCCCUCCACUCCCCCGCUCCAAGCUCCAUCAGGCCGCUCCGCUCAUCAUCGCUCAGCGCAGUUUGCUUUGCGCUCCACUCAAAUCGCCCCCCCGCUCGCUCCAAAAAAG